GCCAUUUGCAGCCUAGGCAGCCUCGCGAGCAGCCGCUGUGCGCCGGCCGGGAGGGAGGCGGCACCAUGGAGCUGAAGAAGGACAGCAACGCUGUGGCCAUCGACAUGCUGCUCAUUGUGCACUCCGAGAAGCGGCGCGCGGCGCAAGCCACGCACUUGGACCCGCAGGCGGACCCGGGCGCGCUGCUGCAAAACCGAGGAGGAUUCCAAGGUGUCAGAAACGGAAUCCGGAAGUGGCAAGAAUUGGAGGAAAACGGCUUUCAGGGAAACUUGCCAGAGAAGCAGUGCCUUCAGCAGCCUCAGGUCAUCACUUCCUAUGACAACCAAGGUACUCAGCUGACUGUGGAAAUCCACCCCCAAGAUGCCAUGCCCCAGCUGCUUAAGAAGUUCUCUUUGGCUAAACGUUUACAAGGUGAUAAAAAUGGAAACAUGAGACCCCGGCAGCCUGGAGGGAAAGAUGCCCAUGCCUACCCCUGGGACAGAUCCAAUUUGAAAUCCAUGCCCCUGGACCUCCGACACUUUGAAAAACUGGAUGCCUCUGCCUCACAGGUGACCCUCAAGAGUGGCCUGAAUGAGCUGGUGAGUGACUUGCUCCAGGAAGCCCACAGCGAUCUGGAAAGGGUCAGAGCCAUCUGGAUCUGGAUCUGCCACCAUAUAGAGUACGAUGUGGAGGCUGCCCAGGAGAAGGACCGACAGGCCUUCAAACCCACGAACAUCCUGAGGACCCGGAAGACCAACUGUGAUGGUUACGCUGGCCUCUUUGAAAGGAUGUGCAGGGUUGCUGGUGUGCAGUGUGUCACCGUGCCUGGCUACUCCAAGGGCUUUGGCUACAAGACUGGCCAAAGCUUCUCUGGAGAGUUCGACCACGCCUGGAAUGCUGUGUACCUUGAGGGUCGUUGGCACCUGGUGGACAGCACCUGGGGCAGUGGCCUGGUGGAUACCGCCACCUCCAAAUUCACCUUCCUCUACAAUGAAUUCUACUUCCUCACCCACCCUGCCCUAUUCAUUGAGGACCACUUCCCAGACAACAAAAACUGGCAACUGCUGAAGCCACCCCAGUCUCUGAGGCAGUUUGAGAACAACAUGUACCACAAGAGUGAAUUCUACAAUAAGGGCAUGUUGAGUGCCCACCCAGAGACGCCCAUGAUCAGAACAGUGAACGGGAAAGCCACCGUCACCAUAGAGAGCCGUGCCCCGACACUGUUCAUGUUCAUGCUCAACGGCAAGCAAGAGCACGGGCUCCUGAGCCUCAGGAAGAACGGGAUGAAACUGGAGGUGUACCCUCCAACCAUGGGCACCCACAAGCUGCAGAUCUUCGCCAAAGGCAACUCUGAAAUCUACAGUUCGGUGCUGGAAUACACGCUCAAGUGCAACUAUGUAGACUUCUCUGUCCGGCUGCCCACUGAGCUUCACCAGCCCGUGGGCCCCAGCUGGUUCUCGGAGCAGAUGGGCAUCAGGAAGCCCUCACACCCUGACCCCAUCAUCCACACCAGCGACGGUCGCUGCUCCAUCAGCUUUGUGGUGGAAGAGGGCAUCAGCAUCCUGGCAUCCCUUCAUGGCGAUGACAGUCCCAUCACCGAGGAGACAAAGAGGCGCUACAUCUUCCAGAUGAACCGAGAGAAGAGGACCGAGCUGAAAGUCCAGCUGCCCCAUGCUGGCAAGUUUGCCCUUAAGAUCUUUGUGAAGAAGAGGCAAGAACAAGGUAACUUCGUCUUUGUCUUCAACUACCUCUUGUGCUGUGCCAACACCAAGGUGAACUGGCCUAUGUUCCCCGAGAUCUACGGCCACUGGGGACAGGACAAUGAGCUGCUAGAGCCUCUCUCGGGGGUGCUUCCCGCCAACCGCAACAUACCCUUCAAACUGAAGCUGCAUGGCAUUGCCAAAGCUCUGGUGAAAGGGCAGGACACAUGGCCCCUCACCCUCAACCCUGAGGGCUACUGGGAGGGCAGCUGCAACACGGCCGGCUGCCAAGAAGUCUAUGUCAUGGUGCUAGAGAAUGCUAACCACAACUUCUACAGUUACAUCCUGAAAUACAAAGUGAAUGACCAGUGAGGGAGGACAGCAUUAUCCACAGUCUCCCAGGGCUACGGCCAGCACUGCCCAGGGAGGACCCAAGAUAAGUGCAGAGAGAGCCCAGGACACCACUAAUCUGCAUGAAAUCACUUCUAGGCCUCUGCCUCAGUCCCCUCUGCCUCGGUCUCCCUGCUCUGCCUCAGGCACUGAGGAAUUCAUGCUGCCGAGGGCUCACUCAGUGUGGCUGUGGAUUGAAGGGACAGAGGCAAGGGCCCUCUAAAAGGAAAAGGUGCUAUGUAAACCCAAGGUAUUGUGAAGUGUACGCCCCUGCCUGUGCCUGCUCUUGUGUUCGUUCAUACUUUGGUGUAGAGCUGGGUGGGAAAGGAAAGUGGAGGUGUUACCGCUGCUGAAUGCUUCCCUCAAGAUGCCUAGAGAAUUCUCCUCCCUGCCCCAACAGUAUGUGAGCUAUUAGAGAGGUGUGUCCCCGCCCCAGUAACAUGGUGUUCCCCGAUACUUCUGGACCCCAGGGAAUGUUGGGCCUGCCCAUCUUCCACAUUCCUGGUGCCUCUAUUAGCCACUUCAUGCUCUUCACAAACUUGUGAGGGGAGGGUAGAAAACAAGCUAGCUGCCCCUCAGCCAACUGGGGGCUGUUAUCUCCUGAUCCCUAGUGUCUCUGAGAUGUGAUAAGGGCAGAAAAACAGCCAUGUGCACACAUGGAUGUCCCGGCUAGGGACCAGGGAUGGAGUGUUUUUGGAAGUCCAGCAGCCCACACGUAAGGGUGAAGAUCCCAGAUUCUGCGUGCUUAGCAGAGUUUAGCUGAGUGCCUGGAGAUGCCCUUCCAGCCAUCAUCAGGAGCCUCAAAUGCCUAUGUAGCCUGUUGAAGCCUGACUGAUGACUGUGAGUGGAGACCUGGGCUCUGGGCAAGCAGAUGAGUCUCAACAGGCCAAACCAAGCUGAGGGGACCACCACCCUCCCCUAGAGAAAGUGUUUGUGCCUGUCUCUGAGAAAAGCCCCAUCAUAGCCAUUUUUGCUCCUGUGUCUCUGAGAUAACAACCCUGCCCCAAGCUCAACCUUCCAUUGGGAACAGUUGAGGGCCUCUUACUUGCUUGGACCUGUCCUAAAAAAGCCUCAACUGCCUAGCUGGCCCUCAGCAGCACCUGAGGCUGGUGUUUCCAUGGCAACAGCUGAGGAGUGAGCAGGCAGCAGCAGGCAGGGAAGGCCUGAGGAAAACCCCAAGAGGCUCCUGCAGUAGCAUCCCACACACCGAUGUGCUCCAGGAUGAUCCCCACCAAACUUCUGGGUUCUAGGACUCUGCCCACUGCACCCAUCUCAGGACUCCCACCCCUACCCCUCACUGCUCUCUGAGGAAUGUCCUCAAGCUCAGCUGCAGCCAGAGUCAGCCUGAGGUACUCACAGCCUCUGCAUCCAAUUCUUUCCUCAGUAAGAGCCCAUCAGACUCGUUCAGUAAGUGACUGACCCCCGUGCUGCAUGCUGGGACUGUAGAGGGGAACACAAUGGACUCAGCCAUAGGCACCCACACCUCUGGGUGGGCAGUCUGCCAAGUGAAGCCCAUUCGAAGACCUAGGAUCCCAGAACUUCAAUUCCUCAUUCCCUUCUGCCCCUUCCCUACUGUCACCCACCUGAUACCAGAUAUCAGUCCUCCACCAGUCUGGGUAGCCUCACUUGUGAUUAGCAUAGCUGCUAGGGGCUGAGCUGCCUUGGCUUGUGUCCAGGGUCCUCUGGCAGUCUUGGCCCAUCAGCAUCUUGUCACUCACUCCUGGAAAACGCACAAAAGCCCAGUGGGCUGAGAGGUGGGGGUGUCUCAACUACAAGGCAUAGGCACCACCACAAGUAAACGAUGGAGUUUGCACUGCCUGGAAACAGUCUUUCCUCACCCCUUUGAUGAGCAGGAAGAAGUGUGCUAUGUUUUAACGAAAUAGUAAGUGCUUCUGCGACUCCCUGCCACUCGCUAGACACAGCCGCGACAGCCACUGCUAGCCCUGAAGAAAAGCAAAAAAAAAAAAAAAAAAAAAUCCCCAUAUUUUUCAAAACUGCAUAAUUAAUCCGUUCUGGAGCUUGUAGAGGAUGCUACCCCACAAAACAGGAGCUGUCCUCAGCACCAGAAACCCAGACCUGGCGUCUCCCAGUGGCCCGGGUCGUCCACACGCCCCUCCCUCCUUGUUUAACCAGGCAGCCCCUUUGUCAAGGCAGCUGUAGGUGCACUCGAAAAAACGCCUGCAUUUCUUUUUACUGAAGCAAAGAUACAUGAAACUGAAUCCAAUCUUCAUGAAUUUUUACACGCAUGCUGCUCAGGCUGGAAAUUUGGAGGUUGCGUUUUGAAGCUUUUUUAUUCAAAUCCCCCUCUUUGUCUGCUGGUCCACGAGUCCCAUUGGCCGAUCAAAUGGCACGAGCGCCCCCUUGUGGUUAUGUGCGAAGUUGCCACUGCUGCGAACCCCCAAGCAGGAUCUUUCUAUGAUUGUUAAAAAUCACUAGGUGCUUUCUUGUCCCUUGUUCACGAGUUAUGCUGUCUACGGCAUCCACAUCGUGGAUCUGUCAUCCUCGUCGUGGAUACACCAAGGUCAGCGUUGCCGUGCAGACUGUGAGAAGACCCUGGUGAGACUUCCUGGCCUGGCGUGGUGAGAAGACAUGGGGUGCGAUUGAAAAUUGAGCGCCUUGCCCAGAAAGCCUUUCCAGAGACAGAAACCCUGGGCACGGGGAUGCCUGGCUAGUGUCGCUGUGAUCACACUUAUUACUAUGGCAAUGACAGGCUGAAACUGAUCAAACUUAGCAUUUUGCCAGGCUGGCCCCAGGAUGGGUGCCAGGGUGCAGAAGGACGGGGCGUGGUGGGGCAAAAGGGUGCAAUUAAGCUCUUUUCGGCUUGCUUCAAAAGUGCCACCAGCUCAGCUGGACUGUUCUCUGUCUGAUUGUGAAUAUUUUGAGUUCUCCAUAUGUUACAUUGUCCCACCAGGACAGACUCCUCCCAGCCUACGGAGAUUAGAGAGACAUAAAUAGAUUAACUGAAGCAUGAAGGAUUUGAGCUAGAUAUAAGAACCAUUUCCUGUUGUGAAGUAGGAGGGACGCGUUGCCAAUAAACUCUGAGAAAUUCUCAAAGGACUUGAAAAGGAGAAAAGUUACCCCAGUGGUCCGGCCUUUUCUUUGCCAUAUUUACUGAAGUGGUUGGGUUCUCCCUCCGCUAAUUCUUGAACCGUACUGGUUGGCCGGCAGUAAACACCAGGUUAAGGCUGUGACCGCAUAGCUCACUACUGUGGGAUGUCAGAGGCAGUUUAUCUGAGGUCUGAAGUUUCCUUUUGUGUGAAGUAAACCGACAGAGGUGACUAUUUCUCCUGACAUGUGUGCUGAAUUGUGUGGGCCGCUGGCUGUCGAGGAUGCUGUUGCUGGAGUUCUUUUUCAAUAAAAUUUAUAUUCAUUUUUACCCAA